GAAGAACUGAUCACUGCAGCUACUAUGACUUCAUCUUCUCCUCCAUCUUUCCUUUCUAGUGAUUACUACUCUACUAAUUGGUCUUCUCCUGCUCAAUCAUCUUCUGGUUUUCCUUCCCCUCCUCUUCAUGAUGAUCAAUCUCUUCCCAAUCCUCCUUGUGUCGUCAGACCUUGCGGCGCUUGUAAAAGCCUCCGAAGAAGAUGCAUCCCAAGAUGCAUCCUAGCACCAUACUUUCCCCCAAAUCAACCUCUCAAGUUCAUGGCUGUUCACAGAGUAUAUGGAGCCAGCAAUAUCAUCAAAUUCUUGCAGAAACUUCCAGAGAGCAAAAAAGCUGAUGCAGUAGAUUGCUUGGUCUACGAGGCGGCGGCGAGGAUUGAAGAUCCAGUUCAUGGGUGUGCAGGUGAAGUUUGCCGAUUGCAGAAGCUUGUGAGACAGCUUCAGGUGCAGUUGGCUACUGCACAGUGCCAACUUCUCAACAGUACACAAUACCAACAGGAGAGCUUCUCAUGUGAUAGCCAAGCUAAACAACAACCCAUGUUGCAACAACCUUUACUGGAUGAAGACUUAAUGUUAGGUUCACCAAGCUUCCAGAUUUAUGACUGCUUCUCAUGUGACAACUCAAUAUUCUUUCCUUCCAAUACCACAAAUUGAUUUCUUGAGGGAUGUAGAAACCAGUUACUCUAAGAACUCAAGUGCUCCUACACUUGUUCCUGUGGCUUGUGCUUCUUAUUUAGUUCUGGUUGCUUCUUAUUAUUCCAAUUCAGAAGAUGAGUCUACUCUAAUGGAUGUCACUUCCUUUUUUGAA